CUCUUUCGUUGAAGCAAUCUGAAAACAGGCUAGUGCGAGAGAGCGAGACAGCUAGGGUUUUCCCAAAGUGUACCGGAAAAGUUUUCAGAGAUGGAUGCAUCGACGGAGAAGAGAGGGGAAACCGAUAAGAAUAUCAACAAUAACUCUCAAUCAGAGUACGAUUCAUCUGAAGAUCGCGACCGGCAAUCGCGCGAGCUUAAAGCUGGUUUACAUCCUCUCAAGCACAAGUUUGUAUUUUGGUACACUCGGCGCACACCAGGUGUUCGGACUCAGACAUCAUAUGAAGACAAUAUAAAGCAGAUAAUGGACUUCAGCACGGUUGAAGGUUUUUGGGUGUGUUAUUGUCACUUGGCUCGUCCAUCAUCCUUGCCAAGCCCAACUGAUUUGCAUCUGUUCAAACAGGGGAUUCGUCCAUUAUGGGAGGAUUCUGCUAAUUGCAACGGUGGCAAGUGGAUCAUACGGUUUAAAAAGCCUGUCUCAGGACGUUUCUGGGAGGAUUUGGUUUUAGCAUUGGUAGGUGAUCAACUUGAUUACGGUGAUAAUAUAUGCGGCAUUGUGUUGAGCAUUCGCUUCAACGAGGAUAUAUUGAGCGUAUGGAACCGCAAUGCAUCUGAUAAUCCGGCAGUGAUGGCGUUGAGAGAUAAAAUAAAACGACACUUGAAACUUCCUCACGGAUAUGUAAUGGAGUAUAAGCCGCACGAUGCUUCCCUGCGUGAUAACUCGUCAUAUCGGAACACUUGGUUAAGAGGAUAGAGAAAUAUGAUGUUCGCCGAGCACUCUUGCUCUGCUUACAAUGGUCGAUAUGUUCCGGUCCUUGUUAUGUUUCGCCAAAGCAUCGCUAACCUAAAACGCUUUAAUGUAACUGAAAGAACAUUCGGCAUGUAAUUGUCGCACUUGGUUCGGUGUUUUCAUCGACCUUCUGGUUAUGGAUAUUUUAUGCUUUCCUUUCAGCUUAA